UCUACAACAACCGCCAACUUUAAGAUCGACAACGCGUGGAUUAAAGACAACACUCAUGGGCAUCCUAUGAUUUACCAACCUAGCAUAAUCCGCACCCGCCUCUCUUCUACUGAACGGAUAUCGACCAGUAUUCGCAUUCUCAAGUAGCAAAACCUCACAUAUCAAGUUCGCCCUCAAUCAACCAUCAAGAUGCUUCUCGAAGAAGACCCUUCCACUCUCAUCCGCCACACAAUCUCCAACUUCAACAUCGCCCCGGACAAGUCCGCCGUCUCACGGAUAAGCGAGUCCCUCUCGACGCUGCAACAAGCGCGCGACCUGCGCCUGCGCGAAGCCGAGACCUCGCUGCGCAAGCUCGCGCGCACACUCAACACGCUCGCCUCACAGCAUGCCGAGCUCACAGGCUCGCACUCGUCGACGCAGCACGCGUCCGAGAUCGCGCGGCUCGACACGCAAAAAUUCCGCAUCGCCAAGGCCGCCAGCGACCUCGAGAUGGAGACGGAGCGGCUGCAGGCGCAGCUGGCCGAGCUGAAUGCGCGGCUGCAGGAGCUGGAGUUGCAGGGCGUGGAUGGCGGCGAAGGGGCGAACGGGAACGGUGGGAACGGCGGGGUCGAGGACGAGGUGCUGCUCCGAUUGAAGGUGUACCGGAGUCUUGGGAUGGAGAUUGAGAGGGACGGUAAAGAUGGAGAGUUCAACCGGGUGGUGGUGAGAAAUGAUCGGAAGGGGGAUGUACAUGUGGUGAACAUUGACAAGAAGUUUUCGAGGUACUUUUAUGCCAACUACUUUUGGCAGAGUUUGUAAAGGGUAGGAGAAGAGGGCUGGGGACGAGAUGGGCAUGCCACGGGUAUGGCAUAGGCUUAGCAUGGACAUUGGAUUCUGGCCGGUGGGUUGGAGGGAUAAGCGGCGUUUGGGAGUCAGGGUGUAGGAGGAUACUCAGUGUAUGACCUGGAACUAGGACGACUUCGAUGUCGGGAGGAACUGCGUCUCUUCCCUCCGCCGAUAUGAUGAACGAAUUCUAGUCCAAGGUACCAGGU